AUGAGAAUCUCCCCGAAUGAGGUCUCCUUUAACGACAUUGAGGCGUCGGAGACGAUAUACGCCCAAACGUCCAAAUUCGACAAGUCGCGAUACUUUUAUCGCGCUUUUGAGAACCCCGGGCCCCAUCUGUUCUCGAUAUGUGAUCGGCAAGAGCAUUCCCAGGACAAGAAGCUCAUCUCCUACGCAAUGUCGCGCGCAAAUAUCACCUCACACGAGUCGUCAAUGUAUGACAAGGCCACCUUUUUUAUGGACCGGAUUGCGCAGCGCGCAAAAGUUGGACAAACCAUCCCGCUCUUCCCCAUUUCCCGGUGCAUGACAUUGGACACGAUUUCUGACUUUGCGUUCGGGAAGCCUUCUCGAGCCUUGCACUUGGAAGACUUUCACUCACCCGUCUUUGAAGCCAUCGAAAAGGGAAAUGGCACCGUCCUUUUGUUUCAACACUUCCCACUGCUCCAUCAGCUGCUGAACUGGGCAAUCCGCUUCAAUCUUGGCUUCGUCCCCAAUGGAUUCAAAGACCUGAUCCGGUCCGCCGAGGAAGGUAUCCAGAAUAUGGAUUCGAUUGGCCCAUGGACCCUGUUCAAGGACAUGGUCUCCCGAGCCGAGAAAUCAACCCCACUGACCAAGGAACAUUUGGUCGGCGAAGGGAUGCUCAUGAUUGUUGCGGGAACAGAUACAACGGCGGCCAGUCUCUCACUGACCCUUCACAGUCUGCUCCAGCAGCCAGAGAUGUACAGGAAAUUGCAGGACGAGAUCCGGACCGUCAUGCCCUCGUUGGACUCGAGGCCUACGAUCCAAUCUCUCGAUACCUUGCCUUUGCUGGAUGCGUGUCUCAAAGAGGGAUUGCGCAUCGCCUCUCCGGUUCAGUGUCGGCUUCCCCGUGAAGUCCCCGCCGAUGGCUGGACUUAUAAGGGGCGGUAUUUUCCACCAGGGGCAAGUCGUGUUAACGUUUCUACAUCCCCCUGGUAUUUCCACUACAACAAGGACGUCUUCCCCGAUCCGACACGCUACAACCCAUACAGGUGGCUGGUCGAGGGUGAACAGAAGAAGACGAUGCUCUCCUACUUCCAGCCCUUCUCAAAAGGCCGGCGGCAAUGUAUCGGACAAAAUCUGUCUCUGAUGGAGCAAAAAAUCGUGCUGGCUCUGUUUGUGAGACGCUUCAGUCCCAGAGAGGUCCUCAAAAGAACGAUUGAGUGGAAAGAGGCGGUUACUGCGAUUCCGGUUGAUGGUGUGGAUGUUCUGGUGGAUCUUGUCAAGGAGACGUAA